GGUGUCAGCGCGGGCGUUGUGGAUUUUGUGGACAAAAAAUCCAAUGAACACAUCCUGAGUAAAUCUGCACUUACUGAACAAUCUUCGGUGGCAGGUAAACCCGCUGAAGCGCCGCGCCUACAAACACCCAGUCCAUCCUCCACAAUGUGCAAUGAGCCCAUUGGGGCCCCCAUGAGUGGUACCUCUGGAACGCUGCCUUCUGUUACCGGGCAGGUUUUCCCGCCUGGGAAGGAUUACGAAAAGCCUGUCCAGUUGGCUGGCUAUUCUUCUGAGGAGAGAGCUGGAAAUAAUGAGACUGUUGGCGUUAGUUUGCACGGUCCACCGUCUGUCUUGCCUUCAACCGUCCCUCUGUCUGACAGGACUCCAAUGAGUGCCAGUUCAGCGUCACCUGCUCCGAAGUCUGAUGUGCCCUUAGUUGUUAUGGCAGGCAGUAACAACAAUGCAGAUGUGCUCUUGGGUGAUAAAUCAGUGAGCGGAUAUUCGGUACAAGCACAAUCACCAGGCUUGACUUCUUUGUCAUCAGAGGCUGCUGUCGUUGGGUUAAAAAUUCCCUCACAACCGUCUCCUGCGGAGAGCCCCUCUGGGCUUCCUGCCACCAUGGAAGGGUUUACGGGCGUGCCUUCUGAACAAAGCCCUCUUGGCCAGACGAAGGAGGAAACUGCACGUUCUGCUUCCCCACCAGUUGUUGGGGCCUCGGAAGUGUUGGGUGUUUGCGUUCCUGGAGCUGAUGGUGACAGCUCUACGAAGUUGCCGAAACCAGAGACACCUACCCAGUCGCCUUCAUAUGAUAACCAGAUAGAGCGUGUUCAGUCAGAAGGGCUAGCCACUGCUCCGUCCGUGGACGCUGACAACAGUCUUCUUAGAAAGCAUAUGGAUACGCUGCUGGAAGCUCAAACUUGUCUGCCCGACGUUGGUGAACCGUCGGCCGAUGACUUGAAUCCCCAUCACUCAACAUCAGACGAUGUCUCACAUCGGACUCACGAAGUGAUAGGCGAGCGCGAGAACAAAAUGGUGUACAGAGAUGAUGUUGCAGCAACAGUGCUUUCAACAGUCGCCGACGUCGGUGAAGUGACUACGCACCACGGCACCGAUCAGUCCUCCGAAUACACCCCCAUAAGUCAGCCCGCCGGAGACAAAUCACCAUUGAUGAGCCAUUUGCCUCCAUUGUCUGUGAACGCCGAGGUUGCUGGGAAUGACCUGGACACCCCAGGUGCUGAGGAUAGCCUUUCUAAAGGGCUUGAAACGUAUUCUGAGCAGCGCAUGGUCAAACCACCAGGCGCAGAUGAAGCGUUGUUUAGGUCGGAGGAUUCUAAUAAUCCUCCUUCGGCCGUCAAACCUCCCGGAAAUGAUGAGGACCUACACGAAAACAGAGACCGCACUUCAGAGGCUGGCGACGAAGUUUGCGCAACUCAUAAAGCGCCGUCUCCUUACAGCCCAGAGAAGCCGCUGGGUGCAAGUGAAGUAAAAAGCGAGUGGGAUGACUGGGAUAGCUCACCAACCUCAGCUACCGGUCCAAGUUCCACACAGGCAAGCGGAAAAUCGCUUGAUGUCCGUGCCUCAACUAAGAAUGACUGUCCGCCUCCUUUGCCCUGCGAAGCCAAAGCUGAGACAAACCAAUUCUUUUCACCUAGCGAACUUUCUCCUGAAACGAUGGCAAUGCCACCUCCCCAAACCAUCGACAGCUUUCACACUCCUCACCGUUCUGGACCCGAACCUUCCGUUAGGGGGGCAGAAGUCUCAUCCAGUUUUACAACACCUUCGAUAAAUUUGUCUCAUCCUGAGAAUAUUCAGCAUGACCCCGCGGCUGACGACUUGUCCCAUACACCACGCAGUCCUCCUGAGGAAAAGCCUCCGAUGGAUCCAAUAAUCACAACUGCGAACGUCAUGGAUCCGGCAGUUUCUAAUGUGCACAGCUUUGUUGAGUCCAGUGUUCUCGAAAAUCCUCUGCAGACUGUCCAAAUGGCUUCCAUCCCACCGCCAAAGCAAGAAAGUCCGACAGUAGUUAAACCUGCCUCGCCAUCUAGCUCUGCGGUGGAGGCUGCUUCCACCGGCGGCAUGUUCUUGAAAAAAUAUAACUGGGAGAGUUGGGACGAAUCUCCCCCGGAUGAAGGAGCACUGUCACUGAAGGAAGAGAAACCCGACACUGUUCACGUUAACGAGCAAAAUAGUGUGGGUCACAUUGCGCAGCCUGUCGGAAAGUCCGAACCCGAGCAUAUUCCGGAGAAGCGACCCACCGAUGACGCCGUCCCCCGCCCAGUGCCCCCUUCCGAAGCUGAACCAAGUGAUGAAGUCGAGAACUCCGGUUGGGACAUUGAUUUUUGA